AUUUCUCAGUUAGUGUGCUGUGUUGAGGUUUUGGAAAAUGUGGCAACGCAUUUUGUGUUUCUUUCUUGCGGCACGUUGUGCAGUCGCGGUGGACAAUGAUGUGGAGAAGCUUUUCCGGGAUAUGGAGGUAGUGUCUGAUAUACUGGAUGAACCGCCCAAGGAGAUGUUGAAGAUUGAAUAUAAUGACGGCUUAGACGUGGGCAACGGCGAGGAGUUCACACCCACUCAAACCAAAGCCGAACCCAAGCUGUAUUGGACAUCCGAGCCAGAUGCAUACUAUACAGUUAUCAUGGUUAAUCCGGAUAUACCAACGCGUCAGAAUCCGCUGUUGCGCGAAUGGCUACACUGGUUGGUUGUCAAUGUACCGGGUGUCGACAUCGCCAAGGGUGAUAUCAUAGAUCCCUAUAUUGGGCCGAUGGCACCUAAAAUGAGUGGCGUACUACGUUACGUGUUUCUUAUUUACAAGCAACCCGGUAAACAAGUGUUCGAUGAAGCCAAGAUUACCAACACCGAUGUUACCGGUCAUGAGAAGUUCUCUUCCAUGGGCUUUGCUGGGAAAUAUAACAUGGAACUGGUGGCUGGCAACUUGUUUCAAGCGCGCUGGGAUGAACUUGUGCCCAGUUUGCAUAAACAAUUUGGUAUAAGUUUAUAAUAAGUGAAAGCACAUGAAAAAUAUUUGAAAAAUAGUCCGUAUUAUGCGUCAGAUUCUUUUCUUGGCAUAAUCGAGUUUUUGUAGAGUGUAAUUAAAGGUGGCAGUAUAAACAGUGUUUUAGUAAAGGAGAAGCUAAAAAAAUAUAUAUUUUAGUUAGGCAUUUGUCAAUUUUUGAAGCUUGUACUUGGUUUGUUUUGGAAUUAGCUGGAAUAUGGGUGAAAGCAUAAGUUUGUUUCAGAAAGUUCCUAAUCAUUGUCUUUUAUAUACAUUUAUUAUAUACGUAUUUAAUUUGUAGUUGUAUUUUUAUUUAAUAAAUGCUUAGCCUCUUUGACGAACAUUCCAAAAAUA